CAAUAAAAUGUGUUAAUACAGCAAAUUCAAGCUGAAAUACCGACUUUAAUAAAAAUCAAUGGAAUUACUUUACAACAGUGUAUGAACUUCGUAUUGGAUGCGUAAUUUGGUUGGGAAUUUCUUUUCAAAGCUACACUGAGCUGACACAAGCUGGGAGAUUUCCCGUUUUCUUUGAUUUUCACGGUUACGACUAUCCCGGGGGUGCUACCAUCCCAGGGACUUCUCCAAAAUGGAUCUCCUUUACGGAAGUGAUCAAAAGUUUAAUGAUUUGGACGAGGACAUGAAUACCUUUUUGGAUAACGAUGUUUUUCAAAGCCCAGCGACUACGGAACCUGGCUACAUGGUUGAUGAGGAAUGGUUCGACAGUUUCUUCGUGGACCCCGUGCUGAACGACAAAAUGAUCACGGACGCCGCCCAGCCGCCCCGCAUCAAGUGCGAGCACAGUUACUCAAGCGUGAACGAGAAUAGCCUCGCCAGCAGCGGCGAAAUGGACGACAUUGGACGACUUGAAGACUUGGAAUCGGAAUUAUUACUACGAAAUGCCGCCCUUGACCUUACCAUGAAACCAGGCAACAGCCAAACUCUUAAACCUGAAACGAUUGAGACCGACCCACUUACAGCCACACAGACCGGCGCACCAACAAUUCCUGCACGCACGUUUACAGUAACAAAGCAACAACCGACAAUAAUUCUCGCCUCGACACAGCCCCACACCCACGGAUUCUCAGAACGAUCCGUUUUGCCCCGAAUCACAGUCAAGACUGAGCCCCCAGAUGCAUACGACAUUGAACCAAGAGUAAAUGUGGACUCCCUCGUGUUACCCCCAACCCCGCCCAGUAGCAGUAACUGUAGUGACAGUGACAGUUGUCCGAGCCCACAACGCUCCGCCCCCUCAAGCCCGUCACGAUCCUCCUACGGGUACGGUCGCGAACGGCCAUCUUUGUCUCCCCCAUCGUCACGUUACUCACCAUGGAGCUCAAAUCAGACUGAGGGAGUGGACAUUGUAUUUCAACAGAUCCCGACAUCUGGCAUCCUCGUAUUAACUGAGGAAGAGAAACGCACUCUGAUCUCCGAGGGCUAUCCCAUACCCUCAAAACUGCCACUUACUAAGCAAGAGGAAAAAAAUCUGAAGAAAAUUAGACGCAAAAUUAAAAACAAGAUCUCAGCCCAAGAAAGCAGACGGAAAAAGAAAGAGUAUUUAGAAGCUUUAGAAAAGAGAGUUGAAUCUUUCUCCCAGGAGAACUGUGACCUCAAGAAAAAAGUUGACACAUUGGAAAAUAGUAAUAGAUCAUUACUAAGCCAACUGCAGAAGCUGCAAAACUUAGUGGGGAAAAUCCCACGCCCUAAUGUUAUGCCCCAGACUGGACUUAUGGUUCUGGUUUUAUGUUUCGCUGUGUUUGUCGGGAGUUGGUCCCCCGUCUCACUCAAUGUGGGCUACGGUUCUUCCCACUCCGCUGGGCUCAAAAACGACCUUCCGUUCGCAAACCCUCAGCUAGUAAAGCCUGCACCAAUGAUGGGCCCGCAGCUAGAGGCAGCCCGCGUUGACGCCUAUUGUACUCCGCCGAUGAAGUCGCGGGUAUUGAUGUCGCUUAGGGGAGAACAGGAUGAUUUAACGUGGUACGACAUCUACGGGCCCAAUGUUCCGUACGCUGAACUAGAUCGCGAAACUGGAGAACCCAUGGGAAGCACUUAUUCAAACAUCCUGGCCAAGCCCGCACCCGUUAAGUCUGACAACACAAUUCCUGUUCCUGAUAAAAACAGUCUGUACCCGGCCGAAAAUGACGCAAAUACAGCUGUUACCUUGAUCAGCCCGAAGUCUGAUGUAGUCGAAGUAACGGUCGAUGGACGUUUCGGGCAUGUCAAUACAUCACGUGAUGAACCAACAAAGACAGGUGCUCACCCGAAACCCCAUAACGGCGCCGAAUCGCUCAUGGAAAGUGCUGACACCAUUUAGAAAACGUGUGCUUGAAUGACUCUUGAUGCAUAAUAGAUACAGCCUUAAUUAAAGUUAAAGUGUGAUGUUUCGUAAACAACUUUCAAAAGGGAGUGAUUGAAGUUGAUUGGAAAAUUAAGAAUUAAGGGGAUGUUAUGUGAUUGUUAUUGACUAGUUACAUAUAAACAUUUAUAACUUGAGGGCUUUUCAUAUGCAAGAUGGAAUGUGCAAAGGUUAUGUCACAUGACAAAAUCACAUGACAUACACAUAUUUAUUGAUAUUUAAUUGACUUGUUGAACUAUUACAAUGGGUUGAUAAUUUAUUUUCACAUAAAAAAAGUGCUGACUUACUGAAGUAAGAUUCUUAAUUUAUUAAGUCAUGGUCAGUAAAAUUUUACAAAAGAAUUCUGGUAUUGCAUUUAGUAAAAUCUAUCCUUAUUAAUGCAUUUCAGGGUCGUUUUUAGGAUCUGACCAAUUCUUCGUUCAUUGUUUCAUAAAUAUUCACCUGUGGUGAAAUUAGCCAUUGCUUAAUCAUUGUUUUUUUCGGACCAAUCAUGUUUUAUGGCGUAAAAUAGCUUUCCAUUCUUUUUCAUUUAUUCAUAUGACUGUACAUAUAAUGGCCGUGCGUUGUGUUCAUAUACUGUUGAAUUACAUCUUUAUUGUCAUGUAUUCACUGAAGCCAUUUUAAUGUAUAUUUGAACCAUCAUGGCGUGUAUGUUUAUUGUGCUACGCAUUAAUCACUUUUAUCAUUCUAAUUUAUUUUUUAUGUAUGUUUUAUGUUAACAGUUUUAGGCAUGUUUUAAAUUGUUAAAAGGUUGGACCACUUUUUGACUAAUUGACUUCGAUAAAUACAUGAAGUAAACUUAUAUUUAUUGUGAGUGGUGUAAUUUUGAAAUUUUAGGAUUUGGUUGUUAAUUUAAAUUAGUAUUAUAUAUUAUUUAUUAGUAGUUCACACAGUUUAUUGGCCAGUUCAAUAAAACAGUAAUAUUGAAUUAUGACACUUAAAAAUAGUGGUGUGUAACCUUUAAAAGUAAUAUUGAAUUAUAACACUUAAAAAUAGUGGUGUGUAACCUGUCCCAGAUCCUGAAAAUCCAGACAAUCAGUGUAGUGUAACCUUUGUCUUUUCUUUAUCUCUCUUCCAUAGCAUAAUACUAUAUCAUAUAACAAAAAUAUGAAAACAGAUGUAGUAUCUGCAUCAACUCCUUAGAAAGGGUAAAGCUUUUUAAGAAAAUAACUAAAAAUAUUGCCAAACAAUUUGAACUUUUUGUCUGUUCAAACUAUUGAUGUAAAUUUUUUAAUCUGUUUUGUAGACAUACAUGUCAAAUUCUACAACAUUGAUGCAGAAGGAUGCUCGUUGGCCUAUAAUUUUUGUAUAUUUGAGCUCAUCCCAUUGUAAAUAAUUGCCUCGUCGCAAAACAUGUUUUGAAUGGCUGAACGCUGGAAUGCUUGCACUUGAAUGAUUACAUAUUUCGUUAUCAAAAAACAUUUUGUAAAUAAUGGGAAAACAUGUUUCUCUUUUGGGAAUUAAGUAGAAUAUAGCAGUGGAAAGAAAUGUGGAAAUAUUUCGUUGUACUUUUCUUAAAAAAAUGUAAUCCCAUAAUCAUAUUGGCAGUGCCAUACUAUCCCUUCAAUAAUAGAAGUUUUUAUUAACAUUUAAAUCAUCUCAUAUCUGUAACAGUCUUAUGCAGCUGCAUUAACAUUUGUUUCCUUAGUAAAUGGUUUGUUUGUACACUUUUGUCCACUGCAGUAGUUUCAUCACCUCAUUUCUGUGAUAACAGAGCAAGAUUUGAAUUGGCUUAUGCCAGAGUUGUGUUCCUUUGCUGUUUUAGGGCAUUUAAAGGGAAAUGACUUUGUCACUCAUUUAGGUAUUAGCCAAUUGUUAUUUCUUCCUUCGAUGUGGGAUUCUGUUAGGGUUAUGACUAGUCAUACAGUUAAUAUAUAUAACAUGAUAAUAUAUUGUCAUUAUUUUUUGUGAAAUUUAUCAUUUCUUUGUUGAAAUACAAUUACAUAUUUAUAGUUGUACAGGACCUGCAUUUUCGGACACAUUGUCAUUGGAUGUUUUAGUAUAAAAUGCAUUGAAUGAGGUUUAAAAUCACCCUUUGAAAAUAUCCUCAUUUUAUUAGAGUAGCCUCACUUUCAGAUGGGUGAUUCUCAUUCAUGUGUGUAGCCUCUCUUUGAAGUGGGAAAUCUUUGUUGACGAGGUCCAAUGGUGUCCUAAGUCGAUUACUGGUAAUCGGCAAACUAUCGGUCCAGUGGUGACCUACAUGUAAGCCGAUAAAUCGGUAAAAUAUCGAUUAUCUUGUUGUAGCUGUUAGAAAUGGGGCUGGAUUGUGCUUUUGGGGGCAAGAACCCUUUAUGCAAAAUAAAUAUAAAAUAUAUAUUUUACUGAAAUAAAAAUUGCAUUCAA